ACAAAGGGCUAUGGUGUUGGGUUAAUGUUCUAUGAGUGAGAAGGGAUAGAUAGAACAUCAGCACAGCCAAUGGCUUUGAGAUGGAGCUGCAUGGAUAUCCCAAUAAACACUGACCUAGUCAGUCAUUUUGUUCAAAGACUAGUUUACAGCGUACUUAGUUGCUCUACUAAUCACUGUAUGGAGUCCCAGAGGGGACAAACAAGGCAGUCUUAUAAAGUAACAUCCAGAUGUCCUUGAAACCACUGUCUGCCACAGACAAAACAGGCCCCACAGCUGCUUGCGCCAGUCAAUGAGCGCAUUAUGGGUAGAAUGGCUGGGUUGUCUACUACGAUCCUUCUCUCCAUCCCAUCACAUACUCCUCCUCCUCCCCCCUUUUUGUGGUGUAUAAAGCCGGGCAUUGAUAUCAUUGAUAUAAAAGGUAGCUUCGUGUGCCAGGGUUGUAGAGCAAAUGGGACAUUAAUAGAAAGGAGAUGAUUGAUAAAAAGGAGAAGAGAGGCUGAAUGCUAAAUCAAACAUAGUGGUUGUACUCUGCGGUCCACUCUAUCCAUAUGAUAUAGCCUAGCUAUUAAUCCUACAUUGAACAAAAUAUUUCUCUAGUGUGAGAUCAACAUAAACGUUUUAUACAGACGUAUUUUCAAGCUGUAAACCAUGGAGUAAAACACUCAUAUUUUUCAGUUAUGAUUGGGUAAGGCAGUUGUUCUAAGCUCAUGAGACAUUAAGAAAUGAUAUUUAAGCAAUAAAGCCAGAGGAGAUAUACCACGGCUAAGGACUGUUCUUAAGCACGACGCAAUGCGGAGUGCCUGGAUAUUGGCCAUAGAUCAGAAACCCCCGAGGUGCCUUAUUGCUAUUAUGAACUGGUUACCAACAAUACAUUAGCGCAGUAAAAAUAAAUGUUUUGUCUUACCUGUGGUAUAUGGUCUGAUAUACCACGGCUGUCAGCCAAUCAGCACUCAGGGCUCGAACCACACAGUUUAUAAUCUUCAAUGACCAAUGGGUUAUAUUAUAUUGUUAAUUGAAAUGAACAUAGAAUAGCAGUAACUAUUGCAAAUUGCACCUUUAAUAACCCAUGUGUAUACCAUACCUUUACCCAACCUGGCCACUUGAAGGAGCUGUGGAAAAUGUGCUGCUGAGAUGUAUAUCAUACAUGCAUUUCUACUCCACAUGGCAUCUAUGGAUUGUCGUUUUUAUUUGAUCAUUUGGCAUUUUAGAAUUACCCUGGGGAAAUUGUAUACCAGAUUAGAUAGCCAACACAACGUUGUCUUUUGCGCAUCCCAAAGAUAGAAAUGGGUUAAUCAGGAAACUAUUCGAGUCUUUAAAAGAAAAGAGGCCUGUGUCUUUAAAGUUUAUGUAGCAACAGAGGGAUUGCAGGGAUAAUGCUAUUGGGGCGGCAGAUCUGUUACUUCUGACGUUCCAAAGCCUCAGGGAGUUGGCUCAAGAUUUCUUGUCUUUGAUAAGGUCCUAGAAACUUUGUUGUAACUUUGUGAUCUGUAAAAUCGCCAGUAAAAAUUAUUAGGAUGUUUUUCGUCUUCUUUACGCGGCCAUCAAUUCACCAGCCUCUGAAAACAUGAAAAGAUAAAGGAUGAAUAUGUGUCGGUGAAUUUGAAUGUGCUGUGUUCUUUUUGAAAGGGAAAGGGGGAGUAUUGUUUUCUAUGUAGCUUCCGGGACUAGGCUGUCGGUUCCUUACUUUGAAGUGCGCUGUUUUACCCUGAGCCCAGAACGUAUUGGAAUAGCCUACAGGAGAGACCUACGGUAUGGCAUGGCAGCUUGAAACAUUUGCAAAGAAAAGGGGGAAACUAAGCAGUAUUUUUUUCCCCCUGGAAAACUACAUUUUUCUUUCUGCAACUAACACGAAACAAAUCGGACUGUAAAGGGGUCUGUCGUGGAAUCGACUAUUGUGGAUUAUUUUUCUGUGGAUAAAAAAACGGAUACUUUUGGAAGACCGAACUCGUGGAUCGAUGAGAGAAGACUGGCAGAGAAGCUCCCCGGCUGACUAGAGAGUGAGGAAAUUGUUGUAGCGCUCAGAGGAGGCGAACAACGCACAGGUUUUCUGUUGCUGCUGCCUUCGGAGCCAUGAGCAGAGCGCUUAUAUCGGACCAUAUCGCCAAUAGCUUCCGAGAAGAUGCUCCCCGUCCCCCGGUCCCGGGGGAGGAGGGCGAGGUGCUGCCGUGCUACCCCGGCAAACUCGCCAUGAUGAGACCCCAGGGUACCGCGGUCAAAGCGCUUUUGCUCGCGCCUCCCGGUUACACUGCGAAGAGGAACGAGGAUGGACUUGGGGAACCCGAGGGGAGCGCGUCACCGGAUUCGCCGCUAGCCCGGUGGACCAAGUCGUUGCAUUCUCUUCUUGGGGACCAAGACGGUGCUCAUCUUUUUAGGACAUUCCUGGAGCGCGAGAAAUGCGUCGACACUUUAGACUUUUGGUUCGCCUGUAAUGGUUUCAGGCAGAUGGACCUCAAGGAUACCAAAACGCUGCGAGUCGCCAAAGCUAUUUACAAGCGCUAUAUUGACACCAGCAGCAUAGUUGCCAAGCAGCUCAAGCCUGCGACCAAAACCUUCAUUCGGGAUAAUAUCAAGAAGCAACAGAUUGAUUCGGCUAUGUUCGACCAGGCACAGACCGAGAUCCAGACCAGCAUGGAGGAGAGCCCCUACCAGAUGUUCUUGACCUCGGACAUUUACCUCGAGUAUGUGAGGAGCGGGGGCGAGAACCCUGCUCAUGUGAACCCUGACGGGCUAGGUAGCCUGAAGCUGGUGUGUGGGUACCUGCCCACCCUGAAUGAGGAAGAGGAGUGGAGUUGUAAUGAUUUCAAAGCCAAAGCGCUGGCUUCUGUGGUUGGACUUUCUUCCCAGGCGCUGAGGGCAACAGUGUCUAUGAGGACGGUGGAGGUGAUGGAGAAGGGGUACAGGUCCCACAGGCGAGGGGACCCGGUCAACCCGUACCAUGUGGGCUCAUUUGCCCCAGCCACCAGCACCAACGACAGCGAGGUGUCCAGCGACGCCAUGACAGACGACUCCAUGUCCAUGACCGACAGCAGUGUAGAUGGCGUCCCUCCCUACAAGCUGGGCUCCAAGAAGCACAUGCAGAGAGAGAUGCAGCGCAACAUGAGGAUGAACAGCCAAGUCUCCCUACCUGCCUUCCCUCGGACACAGAGAUGUCCUAAGGAGAUGACUCCGGUAGAGCCGGCAGCGUUUGCGUCUCAGCUCAUCUCUCGUCUGGAGCGGCUGAAAAGAGAGCAGGAAACCAUGAGUUCCCUGGAGGAGAGGCUGCAGCAGAUGCAAGAGGAGGAGGAGAGGGAGGAGGCUGAGGUGCCCGGCAGUAGUGCCCCCCUGCUCUCCCCCCACCCCGUGUCCCUCCAGCCCACCGGCCCCAACGACGAGGACCCCCAGGCCAUCCUGGACGACCACCUGUCCCGUGUCCUAAAAACCCCUGGUUGCCAGUCCCCUUCCACCGUGGCCCGCCAUUCGCCCCGCUCCCACUCUCCAGAGCACAGGACUCUUUCCCGGGGAGGCCCCGGUCUCAAGCCCCUGGUCUCACCCGGGGCCUCCAGCCCCAGUGGCACCUCCAGCUUAGGGGGCUUCUCAGUAGGUUUCACCCCAGGAAGGGCCCUCUCCCUGGGCAGGCCCAGCAGCAGCACCAAGCACAUCCACCACCACUACAUCCACCACCACGCCGGUUCCAAGAGCAAGGAGCAGCUGGAGAGAGAGGCAGCCCAGAGGGUGUUGUGUCUGUGCCCGGUGCGGUCUGGAGGGGCGGAGGGGGUUCCCCCUUACCCACGCAGUCGCAGCCUGGGCAGGGAGAUGGUGUCCUGUGGCAGCAGUCCCGCAGAGUCCAACAUGGGGCGCUCCAGUUCCCUUUCCCAAGGGGGGUGUCGGUCGGGGGCUGAGGAGGGGGCAGCAGAGGGGCGUGAGGUCGUGCCCCUCCAGCUACCCAGCGACAGCACAGACCGCUCCCAGAACGUGUGGCAGUGGAUCCUGGAGAGUGACCGGCAGGGAAAGCACCACAAACCCCACAGUACCCAGAGCACUAAGAAGGCGUAUGGCGGCGGAGCGGCAUCCAACCAGACACACACGUGGGGUGGCGGAGGUGCCAGCACCCAUCUCCGUGCCCACCAGCCCGCCCAUCCCUUCAUCCAGGACCCGGCCAUGCCCCCCCUGCCCCCGCCCAACACCCUGUCCCAGCUGGAGGAGGCCUGUCGCAGACUAGAGGAGGCCUCCUUCUCCAAACCCCCCAAACAGAGACACUCUACAUCCAGCCUCCAGAGAGAGAAGUGCCACCCUAUGCCUGUCCAGAGUGGGCCCUGUCCAGCCUCAUCCCCCCCUGGUCCCUGUCCAGUGCCGUCCCCCCUCAGCCCUGCACUCACCCCUGGUCCCGGCUCCGGCCCUGCUGCUUCUCUCCAAACAGAAGAACUGAGAGACACCAACAGGGUGCUCCAGGUGACAACAGGCAGCCAUGUUGCUCCAGCCAUGGCUAGUGAGACAGAGGUAACCUACUUCUUCUGUGGUGAGGAGAUCCCCUACCGUAGGCGGAUGAAGACACACAGCCUCACACUGGGACACUUUAAAGAACAGCUCCGCAAGAAGGGACACUACAGGUACUACUUCAAGAGGGCCAGUGAUGAGUUUAAGUGUGGAGCCGUGUUCGAGGAGGUGUUGGAUGACAGCUCUGUCCUGCCCAGGUACCAGGGGAAGAUCCUGGGCAAGGUGGAGAGGAUGGACUGAUACCCCUCCAGAAGUACCAGAGGAAUAUAUAACAGAAACACACUCCAUGGACACCUCACCCCUGUUCCACCAGAGAGUCUUAAAGCUAAGGACUGGUGACUGGAGAUUCUAUUGAAGAAGCUUGGCCAAUGAAGAUGGAGAGCGGAGUAGAGGAGUAGCCAUCAACAGUCGACUUUAUUUAACAAAAACUUCUAGUCUUGGAGAUGAAAGAGGAGAAAAUGGUGGACUGUGGGUUGGGUUUGGAUACGGGUGUUGGGUUCCAGAAACUAUACGUGAAUUGAAUGACCACUGUCUGAGGGAGUAGGCGGGGACCUCUGAUACCUGAGAGACUGCUAGAGGUGAAAGGUUGAGAAGUGAAAGUUGGGACUGGUGCCCUAUCUGAGCCUGCCUCUACCAACAACCCUAGAUGUAUAUGCAGAUGGACAUAUAUAAUGAUUUUUUGAUAAAUGUAAAGAGUUUAUUAAUUAUUUAUUGAAAUGUCACUCCCCUCCCCAUAGUCCUGUGGAUGGACAAGCUGCUUGGAGAAUUGGGAGAUGUCAUCUCCAAUAUUUCAAAUGCAAAGUAUUUAGUUUUCCACCCUCCACUUUCCUGCCUUGUCAACUAAUCCUGUGGCAGUGUUUUCUGUUGUGAUCAGUCAGUGACUUCCUGUUCUAACUUCACAGUAUGGUGUAGCGCAGGUACCACAGCCCUGUAGUCUCAUGUCUCAGUGCCUUUGUUUUGUUGCCCAGGCUUUGCACAUGGAAAGAGCCCACACUUAGGACAACACUACCCCCGAACUGGCCCUAAACUGGCCCAGAGCACCAAACUACCCCAUAUUGCAGAAACAUACUAACAUAGGUUUACACCUGUUAAAGACAAGCCCACCAAAUGAAUAUAUACCAGCAAAGCUCAACAGUUUUGUGCAUAGCCACCCCUCAUUCCUUGAUGUCCAGGCUUCUGAGCAGAACGAGAGAUCUAGGGUGUAUUCAUUUGGCCGAACGGAAGAAAACUGACAAACAGGGAGGGACUACCUUUCCUGGAUCUGUCCAAUAAGAAACACACAUUUUCAUUUUGUUUAGCACAACUGGUUCUGAUACGUGUCCUAAUGAGUACGACCAUGUCUGCCUUCGGUAGACUAGUCCGCCCCCUCCAAAAAAAUGUUUUGUCCCCCCACAAAUGUUAGUGGUAUUUACGCCUCUGAUGUUGUUGACUUGACCAGUCUCUCCUGUGUGUCUUGUUAACCCUGCGUUGCCAGAGGAAGAGGUUAUGAUGCUAACACACACUACGAUGCUGCGUCUCAAAUGGCACCCUAUAUCCUAUGACCAGGGCAAGAGUAGUGCACUCCAUAGGUAAUAGGGUGGCGUUUGAGAGGAAGCUGUAGUGUUUUACUGAGUACAGUAGCUGUGCCUACAUGGAUCCCUUUACCGUGUUACUACCCUGUUAUCAGGGUAUGAUACUCCCUUGGUUUUCACAAGGGGCUUAUGUUCAAAAGAGACUUUAUUACUAUGCCUUUUUAGUAUCUCCUUGUAAUCAUGUUUGUUUUAUAAUAUUUUUCAUGCCUUUUUUUGUUUUUGUUCCACUUGUAUUAAAACUGUAAAUUAUGUAUUCUAUUCUAUAGAGCUCCCUUGGAAAGAUGCCUCGGUACUUUAAUUAAUGUAAUUAUUAUUAUAAAGAGAUGUAGCCUUUAUUAAAUUUUAUAUUUUUCAAAUGAAA